AUGGCGAAUCCACUCUGGCGAGAAUUCAUCAACAACCGCAUGGCCCUCGAGCGUCGUUAUGGACAGAUUUUGCACUUAUACGAAGAAACAUUUGCAAAUUACUUUGGUGGAUACGUCCCAAUUCAUUACGGAACCUCAAAUCAUAGCACGAUGAAUCCCGAAACUACAGUCCAAAUAAUCCUCACACUUGCAGAGCUUUCACUGUCUGAGUAUUCAGAAUCUUCUGAGAGCCCAUUCACAGAUGAAGAUGACACGUUGAAGAGGAUGGGUUGGGAAGAUGUGCAUGCAAAGAAGCCAUGUUGGGCACUUUUGUCGGACACGUACGCUGCGACAACGGUUUCCUCGAAGAGCGCGUCAGGAAAGUCAUCACUCAAAUUUUCAGGUUCCCCGAAUUUUUACGGACGCGAUCCUUUUCUUCUCCACAUUGAUGGAGUCUCUGAUGAAGAACUGAGAGAUCAGCUUUACAUUGCCAAAGAAAAAGGCUGUAUCGGCAUCAUUGUUGAAAUUGUAGAAACUCAGUACAACGGAAGAGUCUUGGAUCGCAGUGUGCUCAAGCGACUGAGCGUCAUGUGCGCCGAGGAGCAGUUUCUGCUAGCAGUGGACGAGAGUCUCACUGCUAUACGUUGCGGCGCCCCAUUUUCCUUCCAGCGGGAGGAGUACUUCGAUGUUGCCUCCCCUGACCUUGUAUUCUUUGGCAAGGCUACUGGCGCUCAGGGCGUUGCCAUUAGCUUUGACGGCCAAUUUGUCAAGAGAUUUGGGCUCUCGGGUAGUUCACGCGGCCGGGCCAUUCGCAAGUGGCAGAGCAAUUUUCAUAAACCACUGCCGACUGCAGACCUCAUUCAAGCCAUGACCACGAUCGAUAUCGCUAUCCAAGGCAACUUUAUGAUGCUGAGUAGAAUCAUUGGACAAGCCGUUAGGAACUUUAUUCUUGAGCAGGCGUUGGAGCGAGGUCAUGAGGUGACGGCUCAGGGCGUAUUGGGUGGCUUAGAGAGUCUGAUAUUUCGAUCAACUUCACGCAGCGUUAAGGAUAAAAGUAGCGGUGUUGUAUCUUUGAUGGUCAAUAUCUUCCGCGGCGGUCUGUUUUCCCCGCCGACAUUGACCUACGACCCGUUGCUUCUGCUGCUGAAUCACGAGGAUAAGAGCGAAAGAAACAAGCUCACCGAGAAAUGGAAGGAUAACAAGCUACAAGAGCUGAAUUUUGUGGGCGUCGUGGCUGCUCUACUCGCAAAUGUUCUCACGUCUACAGGUUCAUGGCCCAAUCUUCUGCCACCCGAGACAACAACUCCUUGGCCGGUGCGAACCUGCUGGUUCUGUGGCAUCGCCUUCGCGCUCGCUAGCGUGCUGACGGCUGCGGACCAGACCAUCCGACUCCACAGAAUGGCCGGACAUAGAGAUGGCCUGGUCCUCAUCAGACAGUCUUUGCGUUCCCAGGAUCGCGUCUUGAUCGGUACCGAAUGGAAGUAUCGUCCUCGCAAAAUGCAGGUCUACGCCUGGCAGUUAUCGGUUCUGUUCCUCGCAGGCGCGGUCCUUUGCAUGAUUUCAGGAAUGAUUUUCCUAGUCUGGAGUGCUGUAGCCGAAGAUAUUGGCAGGGGGAAGGGAUUUGAUGACAACGGCAAGGUAGGAAACACCGCCCUGUUUCUUGGCGUAGCACUGAUUUCUAUCAGGUGGCUGUGA